AUGGAGGAAGAGGAAGAAGAAGUGAACCACAUGAUGCCCUUACAUUUUAAAACAAAAAAAAAUCAUAAGAACGAUAUAACAAAUAUUGGAAAGAAGGCAUGUGAAGAUAUAAAAGAAAAUUUAACAAGUGACAUAAAAGUGAUUGGGCAAUAUCACUUGGAACAGAUGAAUAUGGUAGAUGGUAAUUACAUAACAGAAAAUACGAGAAAAUUAAAUACAGAAAAUAAAAAUGAAGAAAAGGAUGAAUGGAUGAUUUAUGUGAGUAAUAAUUCUUAUGGACCAUAUAACUUAGAACAAGUUAUUAAAUUAUGGAAUGAAAAAAGAAUUAAUAUUAUGACAACUAUAUUUAAAAAGGGGGAAAAUAACUGGAAAUUUGUUUAUAACGAUGAAAUAUUAAAAAAACAUUUACUCCAUAAAGAUGUAACUGAUAAUUACUCAAACGUUAGAACAAAAGAUAUUAGUAAUAAACAUGUCUCAUGGGAGCAUUCUCUAAAUAGCACUUGUCAUAUAGACUCGAAUGAUCAUACAUUAGACUACAAUAAGGGUAAAGGCGGCGAAAAUAAAUCCAUUAACGACAAUGGUAACGAUAAACUUCAUGAACAAAUUGAAGCAAACGAGAUAGAUCUGGAAAAACUUAGAAAAAGAGAGAAAAAAAAAAAAUAUUUAGAAAGAAAAAAAAAAAAAAUUGAGGAAGGAUUGUGCGAUAAAAAAGUUAAAAAUAACUCCAUUUACAUAACAGGUUUACCAAAAGAUGUAACUAAAGAAGAGAUAAAUAAUGUGUUUAAAAAAGCAGGAAUUAUAAAAAUUGAUGCAGAAAGCACAGAACCCAAAAUAAAAAUAUACUAUGACGAAAAUAAUAACGUAAAGGGAGACGCUUUAGUUACCUAUGUGUAUACACAAAGUGUAGAUAUAGCAAUCAAAUAUUUUGAUAAUUUUUAUUUUAGGCAAGAUUGUUUGAUUCAUGUUGAAAAAGCACAAUUUAGUAAAAAAAAAGAACCUGUAAAGGUAUCAAAAGAAGAAAUUUUAAUUAAAAAAAAAAAAAUUAAAGCCGCAAAAUAUGAACAACUUAGAUUACAAAAAUGGGGAGAGGUUUACAUGGGGACAAAGAAGAAAAUUGUAAUUUUUAGGAAUGUAUUUUCGUAUGAGGACGCAGUGAAAUAUGAUGAAGGAGACCCGUUUUAUGAUUUUAUAAAAAAUUUGAUCGAAAUGGAAGUAAAAAAGUAUGUUCCUGUAUACAAAGUUUACCCGAUACCAAAACAUCCCAACGGAAUUGUAUGUGUCAAGUUCAAAGAAGUGGAGGAGGCGGAGAUGAUUGUAUCUUGCUUUAAAGAUAUCGAGCUUAAUGACAAAAAACUGGAAGUGUAUUUUUAUGAUGGAAAACAAGAUUUAAAGGCACAAUGUCUUUCUUCAAAGAAUUGUCCGAAAGUACAUACAGAAAAUCUGUCCGAAAUAAAUACUCAAGAAAAGAACAUGGAUCAUAAUAAUCCACCCUGUCUGAUAAAGAACAAUUUGCAAUCUUUUCAUGAAUGGAUUGAUAAUCAAAGUGAAGAUGAAGAACACGAAAUAAAAGUGGAAUAA